AUGAAGGGGACACUUCUGCUGGCCUUGCUGGUGAUUGGAGAGCUGGGCUUCCAGACAACGGAAGCAUGCAUUCCUUUCUUCACAAGCUAUGCUGCAGUGCUCUCUCCAAGCAGGGCAGUAUUACACUACCGGCUUUCAAGCUUUGAUGCUAGUGUCGGGGAAAGGAUAGCCUUGGAAAAACUCCAGGACUGCUACGACGAGGGAAGACUUGAAAACAUAGCGCUGAAUCCCCAAACUUUGGAACCCAUUCUCUUCAGUAAGCAAUGUUUGAGCUACUAUACUAAAGAUACCAUAGCAAAAGCAAAGGGCAUAUUGGCCAAUGUAUUACCGUUUUAG